GCAAGGGUUAACGCAAUUAAUUCAUUUGGCCACGACUCCGCGAGGUAGCUUAAGCUCCAACAAUUUUUCCACUUGACCGGUCAGACCUGGUCCGUCCUGUCUAGCUGUAAUCAGAUCCUCGUUUGUUUUUAUCAGAUCUAGGUCCACUCUUUCCUUGUUCAGUUUGCUGAAAAAAUUGGAUAAAUGCACCAGACUUCCGUACUCGUUACUAGUACUCAAAUUCCUCUUUAAGAGUUAGGUUUCUUUUCCCUUCGUUGCAGCGUGCGAUUGCAAAUUUACAAUCUCAUUAGCCCACGCAAAAGAAUAAAUCAGGCCUUAUAGUAAACAUGACUGUCAGUGUCUUCUCGGUGCCAGUAUUCUUCGUCGUAUUUCGAGAGUCUUUGGAGACGGUCGUAAUUGUUUCAGUUUUACUCGCAUUCAUCAAGCAGAGUUUGGGCGACUCUGAUAAAGAUGCGACACUCCGCAAGAAGCUCUUUCGGCAGGUAGGAACAUCUCAUGGUUCUGCAAUUGAUACCUCCACUUCUCUGCUGAACAGCUUCUAGGUCAUAUACGGAGCGCUCUCAGGACUUCUUCUCUGUUUGAUUAUUGGUGGUGGUUUAAUUGGAGCUUUCUAUGGAAUUGGUAAAGAUGCCUGGUCCAGUGCUGAGUACUAUUGGGAAGGUUCUUUUGCCAUUGUUGCCUCCAUCAUAAUCACUUUGAUGGGAGCUGCGCUGCUUCGCGUGACGAAAAUGAAGGAUAAGUGGACUGCUAAGCUUCGCCAACACUUGGAGCCAUCGGAAGAUACAAGAACGCGAAGAUGGUAUGCUAGCUGGCUUGACUUCAAGGUAUGGGGGGAGAAACACUUCAUGUUCGUUCUUCCUUUCAUCACCGUGUUGAGAGAAGGACUUGAAGCCGUCGUCUUCGUAGCAGGUGUUUCCUUUUCUACUCCAGCGACGAGUAUCCCGCUCCCAGUCAUUAUCGGACUUAUUGCUGGACUUGCGGCAGGAUUUGUGAUCUACAAGUAAGUGGCCUUCGAUAAUUCUUCCUGGUCAGACUAACCCGAUACAGAGGUGGCGCGACAUCAAAGCUUCAAUACUUCUUGAUCGUAUCUACAUGUCUCCUAUAUCUGGUAGCUGCCGGUCUCUUCUCAAGAGCAAUUUGGUUCUUCCAGGCACAAAACUGGAACAAUGCCACCGGAGGCGAUGCAGCAGAGACUGGGUCAGGACCAGGUUCUUAUGAUAUUAGACAAAGUGUUUGGCAUGUUAACGUAAGUCAAGUUAAAACAUCAGCGCAAGUAUGUUCUAACAAUUCCAGUUUGGUAACCCUGAGUUGAAUGGCGGUGGCGGGUGGGGGAUUUUCAAUGCUAUUCUUGGAUGGCAGAAUUCCGCAACCUAUGGCUCUGUCAUCUCAUACAACCUCUACUGGCUCGUAGUCAUUAUCGGAUUUCUCGCAAUGAGAAACAAAGAAGUGAAAGGUCAUCUCCCACUUGCUCCGACCCUCAAACCUUACCUCGCACCGGUUACAGCUGUGAAAGGUCAUAUCGCAAGAAUGAAACAACGCGCUAUCUACAAGGACGGAGAGGUCACUGUAAGCGAUGAGAGACUUGGAAGAAACAAUUCCGGAACGUCAUCCGUGGCUAAGGAUUCCGAGAAGGCCAUGGAUACCGUAAGAGAGAUACCUGCACAUACCAUUUCGGACUAAAUGGACAAAUUGUCUCGAAGGAAAUGUCACAGCCACAGGGUGCCUGAAAUCCGGAUUACUUGCAAUCGUUGAGUUGUCGAAUGCAAACUAUUGCACCGCCAGAUACUGAGUAUAAUAAUGACGUAAUAAACCAAAGUUAGCGAUGAUGAAAUAUACCACAUGACGAGAAAGAAAUCUCCAGGCAAUGCUUGUAUUGUAGAUAACGAGAGUAAACGGGCCUGUUGAAAGUCGUUGGGGCUUGAGUGCCAGGUAUGCAGUGGACCUCGCCGCCUAUGUUAUCCUUCUCAAGCUCCAUCCUGUCAACUAAGUGUGAAUCAGCACUUCCGUGUUUCACUUCUCAAAAUUGCGAACGCAUUACUAAAGUUCUCAAGAUGGGAGCUCUUAGUCACACAUGUUUUGAUUUUUCCAUGACGUCGUAUGCUGCGUAUGAAGCAUCGCUCAUCGCAGCUUGCCUUUCUGAUAUCAUUCAUGAAGUCUCGAUUCAUGUAGGCGUGUAUUAAUAUCGUAGUAUAGUUGUCCAGGCGGAGAACCCAGUAUUUCGGAACUCCGUGAUGGCUGGUUGGUGUGAAUGGACAGCCAGACGACCCACCUCGAGUCUUUUCCAGAUGGCAUGUAGCCUGAUCUCGAGACCAAUGGUUCUCAAAAGUCAUGGUUGACUAUGUUAUGGAUCAUGAUAAGCUUGAGUAAUAAUAAGA